GCUGCUUACGUCACUGCUGGGGGGACCUGCCCACCCAGGUUUUCUUGAGGUAGCCUACGCUUCCGUAAAGUUUCUGAGCAGCUUCUUCCUCACCUCUCUCCUCACUCUACCAACUUUUUUUCUUUUCCUUUGACUGAGUAAGUUUAUUUUUUUCUAUAAAAAUGAGUGAAAUCAAACUAAGCGAGGCAGCUUCGACUGACGACAGCGCGGAGGAAACGGACUGGGCUGCAGCCAAAGCUUUUUUUGACAACCUCAAAACUAACAAACCGAGACCUCCCAAACCCCGGUAUGCUGUCACCAUCGCCGUCUCCUCUCGUACCCUCUUCAACAUGGUGGCAGAGAGGAAGAUCUAUGAGGACGAAGGACUGGAGAAGUAUGUGGCUUAUCAGCAGGAGCAUGAAAGCGAGCCUCUAAAGCCAGGGGCAGCUUUCCCCUUCGUCAAGGCGCUGAUGACUGUCAACGCUCGACUGAGGGAGCUCUAUCCAGACAGCGAGGAGCUGUUUGACAUUGUCUUAAUGACAAACAACCAUGCUCAGGUUGGAGUGCGCCUCAUUAACAGCAUCAAUCACUAUGAUUUGACCAUCGAGAGAUUCUGUAUGACUGGAGGGAAAAGUCCUAUAGGCUACCUGAAGGCCUACAUGACCAAUCUUUACCUCUCCAAGGACGCAGAGAAAGUCACAGAGGCCAUAGAGGAAGGCAUCGCCGCAGCCACCAUGUUUAUGCCCGAGACGGAGGCGGAGACGAAGUUGAGCGACACUCAGCUGAGGGUGGCGUUUGAUGGAGACGCCGUCCUCUUCUCGGACGAGUCGGAGAUCAUCGUGAAGAAACACGGCCUGGACUCUUUCUUUGAGCACGAGAAGGAGUUUGAGAACAAACCUCUCGCUCAGGGACCCUUGAAGUGUUUUCUGGAGGCUCUCGGAAAGCUCCAGAGAAAGUUCUAUGAAAAGAACGAACGCAUGAACUGUCCCAUCCGAACCUUUCUGGUCACGGCCCGCAGCGCUGCCAGCUCCGGAGCUCGAGUCCUGAAGACUCUCCGCAGCUGGGGCCUGGAGAUAGACGAGGCCCUCUUUCUGGCCGGGGCUCCUAAAGGGCCCCUGCUGCAGAAAAUCAAACCUCACAUCUUCUUUGAUGACCAGAUGUUCCACAUCGAGGGCGCCAAGGAACUGGGAACCAUUUCUGCACACGUCCCCUAUGGGAUCGGACAGAAGUACCACAAAGGGAAACUCAUUGAGCAGCCGGAGAAAAAGAAAUAACCUCAAACAUUAAGAUGCUGAAUAUGCACUACACGGUCGUCUGCAUAGAGAGGGAUACACUCUGCUGUAAAAUAUUGUUUUCAGAAAAGCAAAUCAAUAAAAACAGCAAUUUUUUUUACAGGAAUUAGGUGUUGGAUUGUUAAACGGCCUACAACGUCUUUGUAUUUUAUUUUUUUUUAUUUUUUUUUAUAUAUAUAUAUAUAUAUAACAAAUAUUCUCCAGGGUUUUCUACAGGAAAACAUUUUGAUGAUGGUUUUGGAAUGCAAAUUCAUAAACAAGAGUUCAAGUAGAUGGCAUUCACUAUCUCUCUUCAUACUGUUUUGUAUGCAGAUUUCAAACUUAAAAACUAUCUGUGCCUUUUUCAACCAGUCUUUAAUUGUACCUGUUUACUUUCUUUUUUUACAUUUUCUUGAAAGUUUUAUACAAAGAAAAAACUCUUCCGUGAUCUUAGUGAGGUGAAGGUGCACUUUGACCAAGGCGGGAGAAUGCAUCUGAUGUUAUGUGAGCCUUCAGAGAAUUUCAGACCCCACUAAAAGUUUCACAUUUUGUUUCCUGGUUUCUAGUGUUCGCUGUCACGAAAAAAACGUUUCAAAUGAUCUGUUUUGAGAAGAUGUUUACUCGAGUGGGCUGCCUUUGUCUUACAGGGAUCACUGAUGCUGUCUAUAUGUAUCUGUCUUUGUGCACAAACUGUAUAAAACAUACUGUAUAUUUGUACUCUUACCUUUUAUAUUCAAGUUAUGUCGUUAAGUUUUAAAUGCUUUUACAUUGUUCUGGAUAUCAGGCAGCACACUAUAACUACAUGUUUCUUUUUCAAACUUUUUUUUAAUAGGACUUCAUUUAUUUUAAAGGAUAUAUUUAUGGAUUUGUGAAUGCAUGCAUAAGUUAAUAUCUUCCAUGGGUCACACAGUCACACACUUAUUUGUAAAUGUUUUCAUGUUAACAUUUCUCUGCACCAGAACGCGUUAAUGGUAUUCAUUUUUCAGAAACAUAAUAAAAGGAUUCUUGAAUUUU